AUGGAGAAGAAAGAGAAGUACAAGGCUGCAGUGGUGAGCAAGCUCUUCGCUGGGACGGAGACACCCUUCACCAAACAAGUGAUCGAUCAUCCACUCCCCCACAAGUUCAAAACACCGCAAAUUCCAAGCUAUAGUGGAGUUGGAGAUCCAAUCGAGCAUCUGAAGAACUAUCGGAUACAUCUGACGCUGCAUGCUAUUCCCGACGAGAUAGCAUCCAGAGCCUUCCUGACUACACUCUCGGGAAACACUAGGGAAUGGUUCCGAAGCUUAGCCCCUAAUUCUGUGGCUACCUUCGAGGAUCUAGCUCGGAUUUUUCUCACCCAUUUCCUAGGUUCCAGAGAAAGGAAGAAACCGUCCAGGUACCUAUUGACACUCCACCAACGAGAAGGGGAGAGUUUAAAGGAAUUUAUGAUUCGGUUUAACACCGAAAAAUUGAAGGUGGAAAAUCCUACGGAUGGUGUAAUCUUCUCCGCCGUCUACAAUGGAAUCUCGCCCGACGAGCCCGUGGCGAGGAAGAUCGCAAGAAAGCAACCAAACACCCUCCAGGAGCUAUUGGACAAAGUAGAGGAGUUUAUUAAUGAAAAAGAGACCUUGAAGGCCAUGAGGUCGGCCCAAAAAACUCCUAAGAAGCUGGAAGAAAAGAAGAGGAAAGAUCUACCAAGGUUCGACACCCCAAAGCAUUUCAAGAAGAAGUUUAGUAAUCACAACUUUACUCCACUCAAUGCCAACAUUUCCAAGGUCCUGAUGGAGAUCAAGAAGGAUCCAGAAUACCGAAGACCUCUCGGGGCCCCGCAGAAUCAGAACUCAGAUCGGUAUUACGAGUUCCACUAG